AUGUCCAGAACAACAGAUCCCACCACUAAUGGGCACGCAGUUCUUUCUACAGAUCAGAACGGGCCGAAUGCCCAAUCUCACCCCCCAGUCGAUGUGUUCAAUGCGAGUUCCGUAGCGGAGAUCAAGGCCGCUUUAUCGCAUCUCCACGAGCAGGAAGCCACAGUCACCGCUCGGCUGGACGCCCUCGUCGCCUCGCAGAAAGACUUCUCCCGAGAAUUAGGGCGACUGGAUCUUCUCCGCGCCCAUCUUGGCUCCCAGACUAGCACCACUCGGUCCGUCAGCCAUGGCAUGCUUUCCGAUGCUGCGGCUACCGCAGACCGAAUCUCAAGUGCCGUCCGUCGUCUAGACCUGGAGCAAUCGCGGGUCAAAGCGACGCUUGAGGUGGUAGAGCAGGUUUCGGAGUUGAAGGCGUGCGUCUUGGGUGUCGCAGGCUCCAUGGGGGCUCCCCAGGACUGGGAAACGGCAGCCAGUUACCUGAGCCGAGCGUCCAAGAUACCUUCGGAGGUGGUUCAUGGGGGCUUUGCUGCUGAGAUGGUACCCACUGCUGAGGUGCCUGACCCGCCAAAUGUUACUUUGGAUAAUGCGGCGGAAUCGCUCUGUGGUUUGUUUCUGCGCGAGUUUGACAAGGCUGUGAAGGAGAACGACGGCACCAAGAUCACGCGGUUCUUCAAACUUUUCCCGCUCAUCGGCCGCUCUGAAGUCGGUUUGGAUGUCUACGGACGGUACGUCUGCCAAGGGGUGGCUUCACGGGCUCGAACGAACCUCAAUGCAGGCGCGGGAGCGGCACAGACCAAAGACGGCUUCUUCUAUGCCAAUGCGCUCACCAAAUUGUUUGAGCAUAUUGCACAGAUCAUUGAUGGCCAUGGGGGUCUUGUUGAGCGUCAUUAUGGUCCCAGAAAGAUGAACCGAGUCAUUGAGCGUUUACAGCUCGAGGCUGACCUCCAGGGCGGCAUCAUUCUUGAUACCUGGAGCGAUGACCGGCAUGUGGAUCGCAAACUCACCGACAUCAAAUCCUAUGCCUUUACCUUCUUGGUGCAAAGUUUCCUUCCUGCUCAGCGCAGUGCAACACCAAGAUCCAAUUCGCCAGCGACCCGGGAUGGAGUUGCCGCGCCGACUGAGGACGAAGGGGUAGACAUGAAGGAAAUCGACGGACUAUUAAAUGAGAUGGCCAUCAUGCUAAGCCGAUGGUCUCUGUACUGUCGGUUCAUUGCGGAGACUUGUAAUGCUGCCGAACACGAAAGUGAAAAGUUCAUGCCGCCGAAUUUUCUGCAAGACUCAAGUUUGACAAAGAAGAUUGACGACCGUCUAACCAGCCCUUUCAAUGCCAUGACCACUUUCUUCUUCCGACGGUCGGUUGAGAAGGCGUUCCAGCUGGAUGAGCAGCCGUCUGGUCUGACCUUGCAACCACACAAGCCCUUGAAGGCCGAUCCUCCACACAUCACUUCCGCCGUCGACGACAUCAUGUACAUUGUCAACAAGGUCCUGCAGCAAUCGCUGGCCACCUCGCAAAUCUCGGUCGUGACCAAUGUGGUCCCUACGCUAUCGCGAGUCCUUGGAUCGGACUUUAUUGGGAUGACCCAACGGAAGAUGCGCGACGAAUGCUACCCCAAGGCGCCAGUACAGGGCGCGCAACCACCCGAGCAAACAGUAAUCUCCUUCCUUGUCUUGAUCAACAAUUUGGACGUCGCCAUCGACUACAUCCGCCGCAUAGUGCAGAACCAUACCGAGUCCAAAAAGCCCAUCACCGGUCCGGACGGCCAGGUCGAGGAAAUGGACCAGUUGCAGUCUCUCUUCCCCAUACCUGCGGAAGCCAAGCUCGCCUCCCAAACGCUACAGUCCCUUGCAUCAUCCUUUGAGGCCAAGGUGCACGAUCUUCUGUCCGACGGCAUCCAGGUGGUCUUCAACAACGUCGUCAAGCACCGGCUCCGGCCGAUCCUCGCGGACGCGUUCCGCGACAUCGAAUACCAGCCCCGCGAUGACAGCGACCCGACAAGCACCAUGUAUCACGAAUACGGCGAUGCGGACGCCGACGCUGACGACGGCGCCAGCCGCGCCGAGCUCGUCCGCCCCCGGUUCGCCGCCAGCUGGACCGAGCUCCUCCUCCCCAUCUCGCGCAUCCUGACCGCAUCGGCCUUUGACCGCCUCCUGACCGUGACAGUGGCAUACCUGUCCCGACUCCUCGAGAAGCGCCUGUGGUCGUACCACGGCCGGAUCAACGCGCUCGGCGCAACCCGGCUCGAGCGCGACAUCUCAGGCGUCGUCAGCGCCGCCGUGGACGUCGGCGGCGGCCACGGCGCGCCGGGCCGGUACCGCCACCGCGAGGCGUUCGCACGAUGCAUGCAGAUGGUGCUGGUGAUGGGGAUGGACGACGACGAAUGGGAGGAUGUCGUCCGCGGAGGCGAGACGGUAGACGUGCUGGAUAGGCUGAACCGGGAGGAGCGAGCGCGCGUCCGGGCCAUGGUCAGACGGAACCCGCGCGACCUGUAG